AUGGAGUCCCUCAUAUAUGAAAAUUCGCCUUUGGCCGAUUACCUCCAGGGAGAGGGAGACCAAGAGGAGAGCUGGCCCGUGGAAGAAACACUCAGUGAGGACGAACAAGCAGCACAGUCUACAAACUUUGCCCCGCGAGGAGCGUCACGCUUUCAAGACCGAGUUCGGAAUAAGCUGCCAAAGCCACUGGACCUGAAGAAUACGCGUCAGGGAGUGGUUGUUGAGAAGCUCUACGACGCUUGCUCGUCCGCACUCAAUGCUCGCCUCGGCCGAGGUGACAAUGAGAGAUUCUUGGAACAGUUCGGAUACGUUAUUGUCGCUUCUCAGCUUUUGAACGAACACAGCGCCCCUUCCUAUACAUCGGCCGCCGAUGUUGCGUCCGCGUCGCAACCCGCAGACCUUCCUUCUCUAUCCACAACAUUCGGACUUUAUGGUGCCGUCGUUACAGCCGCGACCUCUUUUUCGAUCGUAUGGCUACUCCACUGGGGACGCUCAAAGACAGGAUCUGGGAUCAGCCUCCGAAGAUUCGGUGUUCUAUUAGUUCUAGUUCCCGUGCUGGGUGUUUUAUUCUACGCCUUUGCCAAGAGACAGUGGCUCAAGUUUCUGAGGCACCAAGCGGUGGAUGCUGCAGGGACCUUUGUUGGAAACGCACAAGGAUUCGACUCGGCUGCAUCGGCCUCGGUGGUCUUCAUUCAGGAAGUGGAGCUCGUUUCAAGAGGAUAUAGGAUAAGCACCCCCUUGCCGCCAAUCAGUCGGUUCGAAGAUCAGGUCCAGACUCGACGCUGCUUGCGACUUCGCCGAGCUGUGUCAGAAUGCUUCUGGUCAAUGCUUGAUCGCUAUGUCCAGUCGCAGAAUACUUUGCGACCACUAAGUGACGAAGCUAAUUUGGCUAAAUAUUAUGAUAUCUACGACAUUGCGCUGGAUGAUCUCGAAGUGAUCGAGGCCAGUCUCUCCCAUCGAAAUAUGGAUGAUCAAUAUUCACUGCGCUCUUUACGAGAUCUCUUUGGCAAACUUUAUAGCAUGAGAAAGAGCGUCCUAUGCUGUCUGCUUGCACUGAGUGCCGAUGGAGGUGGCUCAGAUAUUACGAGAUGGAGUGCCGCUGUGGAGGAAAUGCGCGAACUUGCUGCAGUUACAGGGUUGAGUAUGACCAAAAUGUCUAAUAUACUCAACGAAGAGGAUAGGGAUACAAUUCCUCCAUCUCCUCUGCCCUCGAUCUCUCCAAGCAAGGAGCACAUGCGCGCGCAAUUCCGGCGACUCAACUCCUUGUCACAAGGCGUCCGAUCCUUGCAUGCAAAGAUGCACAUUAUAUGCGAGGAGACCAAUGCCACUAUGGACCACUCUGACCCCAAUGACUUCGAGACCACGCUUCUUGCACAGUACGAGGCAAUUGGAAGCGAUCUCCGAGGACUGCUCCAAGAGUGGGAGACGAGCAAAAUUGCCAUCAUCCACAGCCAAGAUCGCCUCAGUGCCACCGACCGCUCGCGGCCUUCAAGCACGACCUUGCCAGUAUCGCCCACGCCUAGCCUUGGUGGUGUCACGGCGGUUGAGGGUAGCCCUACUGACGCUCUUAAAGCCUUGAACGGUGACUUCCGGCCGGACCUCACUCACAGCUUUGAUGAUGAAGAAAUAUUCGAGGCUGUCGUUCUUCCCACUUCACGAAAUAAAAGAGCAUCGCUGACUCGGGAUGAGCGCCUGGCGCGUGUCCGAGAAGAACGUGUGAGACAAGCAACCGCUCGAGAGAAAGUGGACGCCAACACGAAUAUGCUCAAGGAAUUGGAGAUGGUCAUCAAACAACGCCCUGGCAACAAUUCUUCCAAACGAGUGACAAUGUUGGAAGCCCGCCUCGAACAAGCCAGUCUGCUGAAGCGCGUCGUCGACGCGAUCAAGGACCUGGUCCAGGACUGCAACUUCGACUGCAAUGACUCUGGUAUCGCCCUCCAGGCCAUGGACAACUCCCACGUUGCCCUGGUCUCCAUGCUUCUCCGCGCAGAGGGCUUCUCCCCAUACCGCUGUGACCGCAACAUCGCCCUCGGUAUUAACCUUGGCUCCCUGACCAAAGUCCUGCGUGCCGCCCAAAAUGAAGAUAUUCUGACUCUCAAGGCGGAGGACUCCCCCCGAUGCCGUCAACCUGAUGAGCACCUGGCCAUUCCUGAGACUGACUACGCCGCGUCCGUCGAGAUGCCCGCUGCUGAGUUCCAGCGCAUCUGCAGAGAUCUGAACGCACUGUCCGAGUCUGUUGUCAUUGAGGCCAGCAAGGAGGGUGUCAAGUUCUCCUGCCAGGGUGACAUCGGUAACGGCUCCGUUACCAUUCGCCAGCACACCAACGUCGACAAGCCCGAUCAGAAUGUUACUAUCAACCUCUCCGAACCCGUCGCCCUGACCUUCUCCCUUAAGUACCUUGUCAACUUCUGCAAGGCCUCCAACCUCUCCUCUUCCGUCACACUCCACCUUUCCCAGGAGGUUCCUCUGCUCGUUGAGUACAGCCUCGGUAGCGGUCACCUGCGCUUCUACCUGGCGCCUAAGAUCGGUGACGAGGAGUAA